UGAUUGAGACAAGUUUGAAUCGAGGCAACUGGACUCUUCUUGUUGAAUCUUGAAAUCUGUCUACAAUGUAUAAUGUAGCUCUCUACAAUAAGAGAUAAACUGCUUCAAUGAGGUGUCUCCAAAGUGCGUCCCGCAGCUCGGUUUUUAUUUACCCUCAGUAUAUUGCAAUUUGUUUUUCAAUUUCAUUUGAUGUUAUAUUUAAUUAUUCCAAUUUUAAUAUUCUGUGUGCUGUAGCUCUAUUUUUUGAGAGUUAGUAUUAUUAUUAUUCCCUCCAUUAUUGCCAGUGUUUGUUCUCAUAACAUCUGGGUCUCAGCCUGGGGCCUGAGGGUGUUAGAAACUCAUGAAGCUCUUAUUUCAUGGCUACGACCCGCCUAAGUACCUAAGUAUGUGGGCUGUUGAGAGCAGGGUAAUCCACUCGAGGUCGUAAUCUUCAUGAUUUCGCCCGGUAUCUUGUCUCUGUAUUAAUAAUUCAUAAAUAGUAUUAUCAUUUAUACCAGCCCACAUUUUUUUUAUGUUUCAUUAAAAAAAAAACAUUAAAGCUGUUUGGAAUUUUGCCCCAAUCAGCCACAACCCUCAUGUGAAACAUGAACACACGUCUUUCCCGUUUCUGUGUGUUCUAAAGAGAGAAAAACAGUUAGCAUGAGGGAGCUAACAUUGCAUGUAAUGGGAAACAACUAUUUUGACUAUAAAGCCCUCUAAAAAGCCUCCAACAACGUUUUAUCGUUUUAUAUACAUGCUGUGACCAUGCAGUAACAGGUACAUUCAUGAUAACGUGUAAUACUUACAGUAUUUUGCUGUAUUUUGAUCACUUUAAACACUUCUUUCCUGGACGCAUUGAUUUCACAGAGCUAGCGCUACUUACGUCAACAACAGCAGCGCGUCGAGCGUGCCUGUUUGCUACUACUAAUCAUGGCAGACUUUGUGAGAGCCUUAAACGACGACUACCUUUGGACAAAUGAGGAUCCAGAACCUUAUCUUUUUGAGCCUGAAUAUACGGAGGACGAGCUACAUGUUUUAGAAGCUGAGCGAGCAAGAAGAGAAAGUGAAGCAAAGAAGCAGAUGGGGGGCAACAGAGUCAUUGCACCGGCAUGACUCGGUGGUGUGAAUGUGGAGUUUGUCAAGCCAUGCCGACAGAAAUGGCGUGUUUCUGCUGCACUGAGUGGCACACAGUGUUACCGGCAGUGGUACAAACUUUUUUCCACCUACCCAAAAUAAACUGGAAAUGACGCCCCAGGCCAGCUGCACCAGACGGACAACUGUCCACUGAGUAAGUCACCAUUGAUUGUGAUACAUGGCGUACGUAGCACAUGAUGUAUCGCAACACAUUCCACCUAGCUGAACAUGGAAUGUGGGCUAAUAUUUUACAGAUAUUUUGCUUGUCUAUUUGUAGUUGUUCAUAUGCUUGUUCUGGUUUCCCAAUCAGUACUAAUUGUGGCCCAUUAUCUCUUGAUAGUGAUGUGAGGCGCUGCGUCACUACGCCAGAAAAAUACGCCAGAACAAUAGUUCUUGGUGUUAGCUGCUACAAUAACAGUGUCACUGUCGCUUGGUUUAUAUACAGGUCAGUUAUGUGAAUAGAACAUAGUUGGUAUAUUUCGGAGAAAUAGGUGUGUCCCGUUACAUGCAUUGUUAGCUCCCACAUGCUAGUUGUUUUUCUCUCUUUAGAACGCACAGAAAAGGGACAGACAUGUGUGGCCAGUCUUCACAUUAGGAAUGUGGAUGACGGGCAAAAUGGGCAAAAAAGUGUAGUUUUCCUUUCAAACCGAGACACGACUUCAUUGGCGAGUUCAGCACCAGCUACAGAGAAAUGUCCAGAAGCCAGUCGCAGUUUCAUAUCUAUGAGGUGCUAAAUCCAAAGAAGAAAGACAAGAAGAAGAAAAAGUACCAAAACUCAGGGACGGUGACCCUGCUGUCCUGCCUAGUGGACACGGAGCUCUCCUUCUUGGACUACAUUCGAGGCGGGACGCAGAUUAAUUUCACAGUGGCAAUCGAUUUCACGGCCUCCAAUGGCAACCCAUCUCAGCCCACCUCGCUGCAUUACAUGAGCCCCUACCAGCUCAACGACUAUGCCAUGGCUCUGCGGGCCGUGGGGGAGAUCAUCCAGGACUACGACAGCGACAAGAUGUUUCCCGCACUGGGCUUCGGCGCCAAGCUUCCCCCGGACGGACGAGUCUCACACGAGUUCGCCCUGAACGGCAACCCCCAGAACCCGUACUGCAAUGGCAUUGAGGGUGUGAUGGAGGCUUAUUACCAGAGUCUCAAGUCAGUGCGUCUCUACGGACCCACCCACUUCUCCCCUGUCAUCAACCACGUAGCCAGGUAUGCAUCAGCAAUGACGGAUGGUUCGCAGUACUUCAUCCUCCUCAUCAUCUCAGACGGCGUCAUCACGGAUAUGGCUCAGACCAAAGAGUCCAUCGUCAACGCUGCCUCUCUGCCCAUGUCAAUUAUCAUCGUUGGGGUCGGACCAGCCGAAUUUGAUGAAAUGAUCGAGCUAGACGGAGAUGAGGAGAGGAUCUCCUCCCAAGGACGCUACGCCGAGAGGGACAUCGUACAGUUUGUCCCUUUCCGAGACUACAUCGACCGCAGAGGCAAUCACAUCCUCAGCAUGGCGCGCCUGGCCAAAGAAGUGCUUGCUGAAAUCCCAGACCAGUUCCUGUCCUACAUGAGGACGCGAGGCAUCAAGCCCGGACCUCUUCCGCCUCCUUACACCCCGUGCCCCCCACCAGCGCUACAUCCUCUCCUCGCCAGACGGGCGCCAUCAUGGAAUUGAAGCUCAGCACAUUUCACAACGGAACUCGACUCCAGUUUGUCUUUUUGCUUUCAUUUCCUUCAUCUUCCUACCUCUCGGUGUGUUGACUAAACACUUUAGCCCAUUCACUUGACUUAUUUUGCUGAACAGUCUAUGCCAGGGGUGUCCAAACCUUUUUCACCGAGGACCGCAUACUGAAAAAUCAAAGGGUGUUUUUCAUCUUUUUAAUUUUGUAAACAUUCCAAAACAAAUUUAUUGUGUUAAGAUGUUAUAUAUAUUUCAAAAAACAAACUGCAUGUCAGCUUUGUGUUAUAUAUUAUUAUUAUAAUUUCUUAUUAGUGUUAUUAUUUUUCUUAUUCUUAUUAUUAACGUUUACAUUUUUUCAACUUUUUAGUUUUCUAAUGAAAUUGUAUUUUAAAAUAGACCAAUAAAAAAAAACAAGAUGUGGGCCGCAAAUGGCCCCCAGGCCACACUUUGGACACUCCUGGUCUAAACCCUAGUUUAUGUUUCUGCGUUGAGGCUACUCCCCCUGCAAACCCUCCCGUGUAUUUUGCGUGCGCCUCAAAAAAAAACAAUAUAACCGCACGAGUCAGCUUCUAGUACAUUCCUUCCUGCGUGUAUACAACUCUUUUAGUGGCCGCUCAGCCCUCCUUCUCCCCUGAUUUUGGAUCAACAUUUGCAAUACAAGUGACACUGGUUAGUCACAGCUCCAAUAACACUCCCCUUCUCUCUUUAAUUACUGUUGUUCACGAGUGCUAAAGGAAACAAGGUAUAUGGCUGUGCCUCAAACAGAAUACUUCUGUCAGUACACUUCAAUGUAAGCAUAGUGUGGACACGGUGUACUUCGUAUUUGAGUGCGCAAAUUUUGGCAGUGGGGUGCUGUCCCAAAUCCAUUGCCAUCAUGGAAAUGAGGGUCGCAAUAUUUCUUCACGCCGUCUUCUUCUAUUUACUACUUUCCACCGCUCAGCCACCUCAGCCACCAUUCCAGUUAGUCCCUCCCCUUCCGCUAAUGUAGCCAAAAUGGUGACGACUGAGGGUGGUAAGUGUCCAUCACUGCACACUCACCAUUAUGACUCGAACAAGUGUAAGUACAGAAGAGCGCAAAUUGAGACAUAGUCACGUCGUAGACAAGUGUCAUGGUAUCUCACUGAGCUGACUCAUCAGACAGGUACUUUUUUCCAUCUCCAAGAGAAAUUCACACACAAAUUCUGCAACCCCAAGACAGAACAUGCUCUCGACGGCGUCAGACGGUGUCAUCGUGGUGACUACGCAGAAGCAUAAAGCAGAAUUAAUCUGAUCCCGAACACAUUGUUUGCUAAAUGAUCAGGUGACCAAACAUUUAUUUGGUAGCAACAACACUUUUUAAAUGAGGAAGUGAAGCCACUACUGGCUGCUAAAGUUGACUAGCAGUUAGCCAUUUUCAUCCUUUGGAAACACAGCAUACAGGAUGGAGUACAGUAUAAUGAAAGGUGGCGCUGAAAGGUUAGCAGCUAGCUCUAUGUUGCCAUGACGGCAUUCCUGCCAGGAGCCACAAUCUUUGCAAGCAUCGGACAGCUCAGGUUAUAAUCGCCAUAACUGAUCAAUUAUAAUUAUAAAAACUGAUGAUGCUCAAAUUACUCACUGAGAGUCUUCUAAUUCAUUUCAUAUCUGAGUAAAAAAAAAAUGUAAAAAUCAAACUACUGUUCCUACUAUCACUACUUUUUUUUUUUUAGGGAUGCUCAGAUUAGGGUUUUAUGCUGCUGAUUCCGAUACAAUCAUCCAUGAGUGAGAUCGGCCAAUACCGAUAGCGAUCACAUGGAUUAACUGUACAUUUUUCAAUUACUGUAUCUAUGAUGAGUGCUAUUGGCUAGGGGCGCUGUUAGAGAAUUCCAAUUGAGCAGUUAUUACAAAAAACUAUGAAGAGUUGAAGCAUAUAUUCUUUGAUCCUUUGGUGAGUUACAAGUACUUAAAAUCAGCUGGCAAGAUAGGAGACCCCUCUGAUAGUAUCACCAUCAUAAGGCUGGACACACCUUGUGUUUAUGUUCAUUAAACAGCCACACAAAUAGUGUUUAGAGGACAGGACAUAAUUAGUAUAAUGACAACAAGAUAGUAAAGUUCAUCAGUGACACUUGAAACAGUUAGUACGUACCCUUUAACGUGAUAUCCACUUGUAGCUUUCCCGUGGGACAAAAACGAGCUCCAAACUAACCGCAUUGCUUGUUUGUUUUAAAAAGAGUCCGAAGACGAGGAGCUAUGCAGAUAAGUCUAGCUAUUUAGCUAGUUAGCUGCCACCAGUGACAGCUAGGCAAAUCAUGAUAAAUGGUCUUUCACUUGUAUAGCGCUUUUCUUCCUCCAAGGCGCUAAACGCGCUUUGACACUGCUAUCACAUUUUACUGAUGACGCAGCAUCAGGACCAACUUGGGGGUUCAGUAUCUUGCCCAAGGACACUUCGACUCGAUCACAGGAGGACGGAGGAUCAAACCCGGAAACUUCAAGUUUGUAGACGACCACGCUACCACCUGAGCCACGCCCCCCUCCUGAAAGAUGCAAGAAAAGUCGAACAGCAAUAGGUUUGAUAGGGGAGUGAUCAAACACGCUGGUAUCGAUUGGCGUAGCCUGUGUCAAGCUGUCAAAACCGAGGCCAUUGAGGUUUUACAGACUAGUGUUGGGCUCGCGGCAAUACGGGACAAAGUGCGUCCCUUGUCGACUCAAUACGGGUGUUGGCAACACUACGUGACACAGCACACAUCAGGUUUGUUGCCGAUUGGCUGUGAAAGGCACAUGCCGAUCACGUUUUUUAUGGAAAUCGGCUGAUACUAAUCGGUGGCCCGAUCGAUCAGAGCAUCCCUAUUUUUUUGGUUUGUUUUCAGGAAGAUAUAGAGACUAUGUAACUGUAGCUUUAAUUGGUAAAUGUAGUUGUAGAUGUAGUUAGAUGGUCCCUAUGCAGUUUUAUGCUUGACCUGAGUUCAGGAAGUCCCUAAGUGACGUUUAGGAAAGAUUUUGGAGUGGUUGUCAUGUGACAGCCAUCUGACUAUCCCAGGAUAUGGCUUCCCCAAAAUGGUAGUUUGUCAGGUAAGCUAGCUCAUUUCCAAAAGCUUAUUAAUGCCUUUAUAAGAUGUCAAAUAUUACAAUGAAUAUGUUCUGUCCUUACUAUAUUUCUUCAAUAAAUCCAUGUAAAACAAGCUCGCUCGCUGUUAAGGUGGCUAUGAAACACCAAACUUGACAUAUUUGCCACUGUUUCAGUGGUUUUGGAUGAAUAGAUUUGUGGUACUGGUAAAUUACUACAAAUAAGGAAUACAUUCAGCAUGAACAACGUAGCACAUCUUUGACACAAAUCAGUAGUAUUUUGGAAAAAACAUUAUAAUCGUCUUCUCUGUGUUUGUCUUGCUAUGGGUUACGGCGUGUAUCUUUAAAUUUAUAUUUUUUGUUUGUGAUUCUUGGUAAAAGUUAGGAUAAAUUGAAUAGAAAUGAGUGAUAAUUGAUGACAGGCUUCAAAGUUAAGAUUAAAAGUGUAAUUAAGGGGCAUAGCUGGCAACCCUUCAGGGCCACUUUUCAAUCCCAAGCAAGGUGUGGUGAUUAUUUGUGCACCCCCCUCCUUAAAAGUCAGGAAAUUGUCCAUCCCCAAACUGCACUGUCACUUUGUGUCACGUCUAGGGUGAAGCCCUCUUGUCUUAAUGUGCGUGUGUUUUUUUUUUUUUUCAUUUAACAGAAGCACAAAGAAGCACUUGUGCAUACAAAGUGUACAUUGUAACAUUUUGGGCCCCAAGCAGUCAUCAUGACGUCCACCUGAGAGACGGUUUACAACGUUUUCUAGCGUCACUCCUCAAAGUCCUUGUAUAGCUCCUACACAUGCUUGUAAAAUGUUUUCUUAUAUAUUUAUACACUGUACAAAUCUUGGCCUUCUUUUUGUGUAUCGACUCAUAUGAUAUACUAUCUUAUUUAUUAUGUGUAAUGCUGCUUCUUUCUGGCUGAUCUAACUCUUCUAUUUUGUACGGAGGCCUGUAAUCAUAUUUAAAUGAUGACUAACAGGCCUUAUUCAUGUUCAUAUGUUGAGUUAUUCAUAUUUAAAUAAUGAACGACAGGCCUGUAUUUUUUAUAACUCGAUGACUUGAUGUGUUCACGUGCGUGCUAAUCGUCAUCACUUACACUCGGUAGCAACUUUAAGUGUAGCAUCUCAUUGAUGGCCAAGGAGUGAAUGAAGAGGGUCCUACCGGGUGGUCUGACAGACUUUUAUACUCUUUUAUUUUAUUCUUAUUUGUACUCACCUGUGUGACUGGAUUGGACAAAUGUAGCACCUGACUUUUUUUAAAUUUAAAUAAAUACACAGGACGCGUCAUUAGGUACACCGUCAACAAAUUCAGCUUUUCCAAAGAUAAUAAUGUUGACUUUACAGUGAGAGUCGUGUCAAUGUGACAAUAUGUUUUAGAGCUGCAACAAUUAAUUGAUUAAUUGAUGAUUAAUUGAUUAUCUAAUUAAUGGACAGCUAUUUUGCCAUUCGAUUAAUAGUUUUUUUUGUUUAAAAAUGUAAAUAUCCUCUGAUUUCAGCCUAUCAAAUGUGAAUUUAUUUGGUUUGUUUUAGUCAUUCAAAAAAGCAGACCUAUUAUCUUUGUGUUUUAGGCAAAAUAAGUUAUUCACACACAUCCGCUUUGGCUUUGGAAAAGAGUGAUCAACAUUUUUGCCUCUUUUCUGAUACGUUGCAGACCCCGUUGCAGACUUUUUGUGGUUGGUUCCUAUUGAUUUGGUCCAUCUACGGCCUAACCAACAAGCUUAAGAUAAAAAUAACCAUUAGUUGCAGCCUUAAUAUGUUUUGUGCUGAUUUUUAUUUUGAUAUUUUUUCCUGACCUGAUCUCCAAAUAAGUUAUUUCAUUAUUUAAAUAAUAAAAUAAGAUGUUUUUUUUAAAUUUAAUAUUCUUUUUUAUAAUUAUGAUAAACACACAAGCAAUACAAAAUAGUGUUAUUACAUAACACUAUUGUGUUAUUAAUAAAAAUGCAAUGCAGCAUGCAUUGCAUUUUUUAAAAAAAAGAUCAUUAAAUGGAAUUUCCAAUUUUUUUAAAAAUAUUUUUCUAAUUAAAUAAAUUUGAGAUAGUACAACUCUUCUUGGCUGAUAUUUGACUGAUUAUUUCAUAAUAUUAAGAUUUUUUGGCCACUUCAUGUACGUAAAUAACAAAACAAUUCUUAACAGCUCUCAUUAAGAUCAGAUAAUCAUAAACAAACUGUUAAAUAAAUACCUAUCUGUUAAGCAAAAGUGAACAUUAUUGUCUUGGGGCUGAAUUUUCAGAUCGGAUCUCAUGAAAUGGUGUACCUAAUGUUAUGUCCAGUGAAUGUACAAUAUAUACUGUAGUAUGCAGUAGUAAUUUGUGUUUGACGGGGAACAUUUUUUCCAGGUUCUCUCGAAAGAUGAAGCAUUUCAUUUAUUCAUGACGACAACUUCAGUGUCGCCCCCGCUAUCCUCUCUCUGCUAUAUGCUGUGCAUCCUGCACAUGUACUCGCAUAUGAAACAUGCAUGGCACUUGCAUAACAACCAGCGAGGCUUCUUCUCACAGAAACACUGCUUUCAUGUCACUUGCUAUUCAUUGGACCAUCAGCACUUUAAAAAAAAAAAAAAAAGAAUCGCAUCGCUCCGUCUCGUAUGACCUCGUUAUAGCUGCCGCGUGUCACAACGAAAUAAGAGUUUGGCAUCUUUCAAGUGCUUGCAGCCUAGCUUGGAUGAUCGGGAAUUAUUUAUAGAUAGACAUGACAGAGGGGAAAGCUAAUGAUGUGCUCCUUGGACACACAACAAACGACAGGUUAUGUUUCUAGGCCACAUCAUUAGCCUCACAUGCUAACAAGUGUGCAGAUUCUUUGGUCAAAAAACAUGAAAAAAGCCCGAUGAGGCUGUGCUGCUAACACUCUAGUGCGGGGGCUCAAACGUUUUCCCCCGAGGGCCUCAUAUUGAAAAAUCAUGAAUGCAGGGGUCACUUUGAUAUUUUUGAUUUUGAUUUAAAACCAACCCAUGUAGAUAUGCUAAUAUGUCAUAUGUACACGGAUACAAACACGUGCACAUGUGCAGUGUAGCCAACUGUAUUGCAAUCGCUCCUCCGCAGUUGAAUAGAAAGCAAUAGAAUAGAGCUGCCGCAAUUAAUCGACUAGGAAAAUAAUCGUUAGUUGCAGCCCUACAAUAGAAAGACUCCGAAUUAUCCCACAAUGUCAACAUGAAGAUGUGUCAUUUAAAGGGAUAGUUCAUAUUUUUUUGACAUGAAGUUGUGUGACGUCCCCAUCAGCAGUGUAGUGCAUCAACGAUGACUUUCCCCCCACUUCGUCCGGUGAGCUGAGUUCUGGUCGUUUUUCGGUGUUGAAGAAAGUAGUUCCGGCUAGUUGGUGGGGUCACUUAACUAAAGCGUUUUGCUUCUCAAAACAACACGCGCUCAAAAGAGUCACAAAACCGUUUUCCAUGAAAAAGUCAGACCUCACAAUCGCGCUGCGUUAUUUUCUCUCCCUUCGUAUCACUGCGCGCUGCCACCAGCUGUCAACUGCUGCGCACGUUACAUCACCUGUUUCGGUGUUCACUGCUGGGGUAAGGAAAGUAAACAUGUCUGACUGCGAAACGAGUGUUGGCGACAUUCCUUUUAGCACAAACCCAAAGGGAUACACCUUUAUGGAACAGAAUACACUGAUGCCUAACAUCGUCAGAUGGAGUUAGAGCGGGGACCGAGAGAGAGGAGGGACAGCUUGGACUCGCAUUUGCCAUUAUGUUCACAUUGUUAUUUUGACUGAUUAUUAUUAUUUUGAAUAACAUAUAUAUUGCAACUGGAAGCACACUCAUAGAAAUGUGGAGACAACGUCGGUGACAAUAAUAAAAAUAAUACUAAUAAUAACGUAAUUGUCCUGGCUGAAGUGUGCACUACACACACAAAGCUGUUUCAUCCUAACCACUAUGGCUCCCGCUUCAUAGCUCGUAUAAUAGAACAAGAAGCCAAAGUUUCCCGAUAGCUGUUAGAUUUUGUCGCUUUUUGGUUCGUUAUCUUUAAUGCUUCCAAAUAAGUCUGGGAAACGAUAGCUCAAUUUUAAUAGUUUAAUGUACCGGGAAGAAUCAGACACAUCUGUGGGGACUCGUCUUCUACAGGGGUGCAGGAGCAAGUCCGAGUCACUUCAGAUCAGAAGUCCCUUUUUCUAGCUCAGCUUUCAAUGCGUGUAUAACGCAGAGGUCUUAGCUGGUUGACGCUGGCCAGUCCUAAAUGUGCCAAGGGUUGUGAUAGAAGAAUGCAAGGCCGCAAGCGAGGUGAUAGUUUAGCGAUUAGACAGCCUGCUCUGGUCACACCAUCUAAUAUGUGCAAAGAGAGGCCUAUUAUGUGACUACAUUUAAAAUGGUAAUGUCCGUGACAGGAAAGCAAUGGACUAUAUAGGCGACGCAGACACAUUUUUGUUGUUGCAGCCCAGAUAAUUGCAAGUCCUCAUUUUCUUUUGUGCUCACUUUAACUCGCUUUAACUCUCUCGCGUCGUAGCGGUCUUCAUCCGUGCAUGUGAACACUGUGGAACACAUACAGUACGCAGGCGGCAGCGCGUAGUGAUACGAAGGGGGAGAAAAUAACGCCGAUCGAUUGUGAGGUCUGACUUUAUUUGUGGACAGCGGUUUUGUGAUGGAAAUGUGCGACUCUUAUUGCGACGCAUGUUGUUUUGAGAAGCGACCCCGCCAACGAACAAAAGCCAACCAGAACUUACCGGACAAGCAGGGGGGGAAAGUCAUUGUUGAUGCACUACACUGCUGACGGGGAUGUCAUACAACUUCAUGUCAAAAAAAUCUAAAAACUACUGUAAAACUAUCCCUUUAAUGAACGCAAUUGUUCCUCCACUUUUAUAUUUCACAAUAGAAAGCAAUAGAAAAAUACCAAAUGAAUCCAGUAAGUCCAAAUAAAGAUGAUAUUUACCAGCGAUUGCUUCUCCACAGUUACAUUUGACACAUUUUCAUGAUAGAAAGAAACAGGAACACUCCAAAUUAGUCCACAAAAAAAGACAAAGAGCCUGUGGGCUGUACCUUGGCCAGGUGGUAAAUAUUCAUUGAACAUGGCCUUAAAGCAGUGGGAAAGCUUUUAUGUUGGUGGUAACGUGAGCAGCAUGGGUCAUCUACGUUUAGAAAAUGGAUUUCUAGGUGUAGUUCCAAUCGAGACGCUAGCAAAGCCUAGCAUACAUUAGCCUCUUGGCAUAUGCAUCGGUGACCACUCCAUAUUUGGUUGACGUUGUUAACCGUCUAUUUUUAUUGGCUGAUGCGGCUGUUGGCGUGUUCCAGAGUGCCCAUGGGUGGAAGAACGAUUGACUAGCGAGGGGGAGAGUUUGGUCACAUGCCGAUGUGUGAAAUCAGUAAUGCUCUGAGGUGCUGUAGGAGGAACAAUGCGGAGCGUUGGAGGAGAUGAUAACUGUCCAUGGCUUCAUUCAUGUCAUGUGACACGUGUAACAUGUUGACUGUAUCUUAUAGUGUAAACAACGUGACUCCAUGGAAUGCUCGUGUUGAGUAUCGUCUUUCAUCCAAGCAUGCAUUGAGUUUGCAUGUCUAGACUAUUUUCGAAGACCGGUGACAGUAUUUUUCUUUGGACUGCUUUGCCUUAAAAAUCUCACAUUAGUACUUAUCCUAAAAAUGAAAGUUUUGUUUACUUCUUUCUUUUAUUACCAUAAGGUCACGCACUUCUGUCAGACUCAUCCCAGCUCUUGAUAGCCGUGUUUCCACAAGCAGUACAGUUCGGUACGCAAACAAGAAACAAAAGCUUUAAAUCGUCCUUCAAUCAUAAUUCCUAGUUUUUGGAUAGUUCUUUUAAUGGUGCUUUUUGCCUCCCAAAAUCCUGAUUCCGAAACUUCUAGGCCAUCACAGGGGAUGGGUGGACCCCCUGGAAAGCUCAGCCCUGAAAAUGAGGUGGUAGAAGUUUUCCUCUGUGACAUCUUUUUCAAAAGUUAUGACCAAGUGAAUAAUCCCUAAAAUAACCAAAAUCUCGGUUUUGGUGCUUCUCAAUGUUGUAUAAAGUUGGGGGCGGUACGGUUGGAAAUCUCACCCCUAGUGGUGGUAAAUCUUGGC